GUUCAUUAAUAAAAUAUCAAUGGAAGCUCAUAUCUUUGACAAAGAAAUUAAGCUGUAUCAUAAAUGAAAGAAUGAUAAUGCUUUGUCCCAGCAACUUCAAUCCAAGAAUGCCAAAAUCCGCCCAAAAUUACAAAUAAUUAACUUCGACGAGUAUUCCAUCUGAGGAAGGUUUAAAUCAGUCGAGCAAGUAUCUUCCCUAAAUCAUGCAGCCCAUGAAUGCGGAAUUCUGACGAUCAAGGGGAGAUACCACGGAGAUGUGCCUGUAAAGCUGCAUUUCAAGUAUAUCAUCAGACUGAUUCCCUGCACUAUGGAGGUGCUUUAUUUAGAUAGCCUCCAGUUCACCAGCAAGCAGUUUAGGAAGGUACUGGCGGUCUGUAGGAAUGUUCCUAAAGUGUCAUUGUGCUCGGUCGUGUUCUGAGGUACGGUCUUGGGUCUGAGGAAAGACUAGGAUAGGGGGUUUGGAGUCGUGUUCGGGUAAGAGGUGAUGCUGUGGAGUUUGGAUAGAUGAGUAAUGGGUUGGAUAAUUCGGAGAGGUUGAGAGAUUUAAUUGUGCUUUUAGCUAAAGAUAUCAAGUUUCCAAAGACUUUGGAAUUCAAGAUAGAGGAAAUGAGCUUUAGGCUUUGCAGGCCUCAUAAUCGGAAGGAUUAUGAGAUUUUAUUUGAUUAUUUAUUCAAAAUGAUUUCUGGAUGAUCUCUUAGGAAUUCUUUAAAUAUAAUUCAAAAAGUACCUCAAGGAAUCAAUGAAGAAAAACUCAGAGAACUACAAUGAAGACAUGGUCUUGAUGAAAUCGAUAUUAUAAUGUCAAGGAGCCAUUUUCUACAUUCAAGAUACUAAAAAACUAAAAUU